AAGUCGGAGCCCCAUGCGAGGGUCGGGAGGCAGAAGUCAGAACCACGUGCGAGGGUCGGGAGGCAGUAAACACUGAGUAUGGCGGAGAGCGGACGUCAAGUACUGGCGCUCUAUAAGGCGCUCCUCCGGGAGAGUCGUAAAUUCACAUCUUAUGGCUACAGAGAGUAUGCUCUGCGAAGAGUUCGAGAUGGUUUCAAGGCGGCAAAAAAUCUCACAGAAGAGGAUCAACAAAGAGAAAUACAAGUUGCUAAAGAAUCAUUGGAAAUUAUUAAGAGACAAGUUGUGGUGGGACAGCUGUACAGAUCUCCAACUUUAAUUAUUGAAGACUAGUUCGAUGUUAUACCUUAAUGAUAAUAACGUAGGACAGAAUGUGGUAAUGUCUUGGCACCAAACACUCCAUUAACAGUCCCAGAAGGUUUUGUUUAAAUAAAAUAUGUGAUAUAUGGUUGACAUUAAAAGGAGCAAGACAAUAAAUAUAGAGAAGAGCCAUAACCUGUGGUAAUUCAAUCAUUAAUUACCAUUACUUUUUACCCGAGGAUCAGUAUGACCAUUUGAUACGAAGAUAAUUCUCUGUAAAAUUGACGAAACAUUUGUAAUCAUUUGCAACAGUGAUGGUGUGGUGGGUUGUGGACUCACUUUACAUGACUCAUAUAAAUGCUACCUAAUACAUGUAUUGUUGUCUUAUAGUUUUUAAUGACUUUGUGAAACAUCUUUUCAUUGUGGAACUCAUAUUUAGUACACGAGUCCAUAUUAAAUUUUAGUCUGGUAUUUUAAUACUAUAUUGGUAAAAUUCUUGUGCCUUAAAUGUAAGAAAAUACAAAUGUUUGAUCACAUCAAUUUAAGCUAAAACAGUACUUGUUAGUUAUGCUUAAAUAAAGAAACAUGGCAUUGAUGUCUUAUACCAUAUGCAGUAUCGAUUGUUCCAUUUGAUGAAGUUUUGGUUCAAAUUGACUCGACUGGUAAGCUUUUAAGCAACUGUACAUCGCGGAAGAUUAAACUGUUUAGUACUCGGCACAGGACAGAUCUGCAUAACUGAAUAUUGUGAUCUUCACUUGGUACAUUGUGGCAAUUAGUGUAUACAGCAUCUGUGGAUGUAUGUGUGCAAUAUUUCAGCUGUGUAAACACUCACAACAGUGUCAGCUCAAACUGUUUUCUGCACAUAUGUUCAGCUUCUUACUUAAAAAAUCCACAGUGAAAAAAUUGGAAAUAUUCUUGCUAGUUUGUAAAGUUUUUUUUAACAUUUAAAUGUAUAUAAUGAAUAUAUUUGUUAUUUAAUAAAAAACUAUUACUAUACUAUA